AUGCCCCGGGAGACCUGCGGUACGGACGCGGGAGAAAUAGUAUUCCUCCACGAGGAGGUACUGCCAACCCACUUUAUAGAAUUGGGCGCAAGCGGCCGGAUUGCAAAGGUUUCAACUCAGCACUGUGGUCUAAUAGUGCUGGGAGCAGGCAAUAACGACAUAAUACUUUCUGCAUUGCCUAUCACAACGGAGGCAAUAGGGAUCUCGGAAACGCGAUCAGCCCUCCAAGAGGCCAGUGUACAUACUGCAGAGUCCUGCAUAGGAGGACCAGUGGAGUUAGGUGCGCAAUGCGCACACGUUUGUGCAAAUGAUCCUUCACAGCCACGCGGACACUCGGCGGCGGAAGUGAAGGAUGCAGCCUCGUCAAUGUCGGCUGUUGGAGCUACCGACGCUCUCACUUCUCACAGCGGGUUACCCGUUAGCCUAGCUGCUGGCUACCCGGCACGUCCACAGGUGGAGGAUUGUGGAACGAUCUUCAGCGAAGGUCAGCUGUGA